AUGAUUGGAAUAAUCCAAAAGACAAAAAAUGAGGAAUUGUGUGAAGCUCGUUGGGAGCUUUUUGAUGGUCUGAAGUCGUACCCAAUUGGAGGUGAUAUAGGAACGAAGAGAUCAAUGGGGUUGGUGGAUUCAAAUCCUUUCUUUGUUGGAUCCACUUCCAGUGUGAAGAAGGAGAAUGCAACUAAAUUGGUAUCACAUUGCAAGCAACUUGUUGAAGAUCCAAAUUGGUAUGAUAGAGAGGAAUCGGUAUCACCAACAUGGGAGGGAUUUGAUGGAAGAGCUAUGGAAUUACAGGGAGAAUAG